UGUUUCCCGUUCCAAAAGCAUGCUCAUUCCAGAGGACCAAAUAUGGAUGGUUGUCGUGGGAUUUAUUGUGGCUUUCUUGCUUGCCUUUGGAAUAGGGGCAAACGAUGUGGCCAAUUCUUUCGGAACUAGUGUUGGUGCGAAAGUUCUAACACUCAGACAGGCAUGUAUUCUAGCCACAAUAUGUGAAUUAUCCGGUGCUAUACUCCUGGGUUCAAAAGUAGCAAAUACGAUCAGAAAGGGCAUAGUGGACGUGGACAUGUUUGUUGAUUUGGAAAACGGUCCAGCUAUAUUGAUGGUUGGUCAAGUGGCUUCACUUUGUGGUUCUUGUGUUUGGCUUUUGGUCGCAACGUUUUUCCGGUUACCAGUCUCUGGCACGCACAGCAUUGUUGGGGCCACCGUGGGCUUCAGCCUGGUUGUUUUAGGUAUCCGGUCAGUCAAAUGGAUAGGUUUGGUAAAAAUCGUUGUUUCCUGGUUCAUCUCUCCACUCCUCAGUGGCCUGGCUUCGGUUGGGAUGUACUACUUACUAUAUUACCUGGUUCUAUCUAAAGAAGCCAAACUCGAACCGGCAUUGCGGUUGCUUCCUGCAUUCUACGGCACAGUGAUACUGGUCAAUUCGUUUUCCAUUUUUUAUGAAGGUCCUCCGAUGUUGCAUUUCGAUCGCAUCCCAUUGUACGGGGUGUUUAUUCUUAGUUGCGGCUGUGGCGUGAUUGCUGCAAUCUGCAUAAAGUUCAUCCUGGUGCCUCGCUUGCGACGCCGCGUUUUGGCUGAUUCGGGGCCAAUUCCAAUAUGGAAAACAACCUGGUCUAAACUUCGUCCCACUCGAGUCCUCAUCGUCUCACACAGUUACAGUACUAGCUCACCCGGAGCUGAAGUCCCGUCAAAUCAAAUAGAGAAGGUUGCUACGAGCUCGUUGGAGGCCGAUCACAGUAUGCCAUCAGAACAGCUGCCACCGAGUUACGAUAAACAAAAUGACAAGAUGCCGGACAUUGAGGUGGAAACGAACACUAGACAAGAAGAAAGCACACAUGUUCUAGACUCAUCAGAUGAGACAGGAAAGCAACAAAAGUCCGAGCAAAAACCACGAUGGCCUGUGAAGAAACUGCACCCGACCAGACCUUUCCCAUCGUUUCCAGGGGCAACCGAAGUUUCCGUACCAAAAGUUCUCGAAAUAGAAGCAGUAUCGGUGGAAAACUCGCUGCCGAAAAAGGAUGCAAUUCCGUCAAACGAGCAACAAGAAAGCGCUGAGUCUGGAGGAACUCAAAUGAAUAGCAUGGAUACCGAGGAACAUGAAUCUUACAGGGCGCGGACUGUGGAAAGUCGAGUUUUCUCCCUUCUUCAGAUAGUUACCGCUGUAUUCGGGUCCUUUGCUCACGGUGGGAAUGAUGUGAGUAAUGCCAUUGGGCCUUUGAUUGGUCUUUGGAUUGUCGGUGUCACUCAGACGGUUAAUUCCAAAAUGCCCAUUCCCUUAUGGAUCCUCAUCUAUGGAGGAUUUGGUAUAGCUAUUGGACUCUGGAUAUGGGGUCGCCGCGUAAUACAGACACUGGGUGAAGAUUUGACUCAGAUCACACCGUCUACCGGCGUUUGCAUUGAAAUCGGCGCGGCCCUAACGGUGUUGAUUGCCAGUAAGGUCGGAUUGCCCAUCUCCACAACGCAUUGUAAAGUUGGGUCGGUGGUGGGUGUCGGGAGAGCGAAAGGGCGAGACAGAGUUAAUUGGGGAAUAUUUCGAAAUAUUCUGAUUGCAUGGUUGGUCACCGUUCCAGCAUCCGGUCUCUUGUCCGCCCUACUCAUGUACGGAUUCAAUUUUCUCGUUUAAAUGGAUGAGCUGCCUGAGCAACGUUCAAAUUCACUCUGCCACAUUCUCCUUCUACGGUGAACAGAAUUUUGUGUCAUUUUUUAUGAUUAACUGGUUACAGAAUAUUUCAGAGUGAAAAAACCUGUUUUCUAGUCACAUCCCUGGCCUAUGAAACAGUGACUGUGUAUCGAGUUGACCAAAUAUUUUCGGAUGGAAUAGCCCAUGUAUCCACUCACAAAAGUGCUUCCUCAAAUCUCGCCCAGUCUGUGCGAUUUACUGUCAUAAAUAUUGUACAGAAUUGCACUUACCCCCGUAUACUUGUUUGCUCAUGCAACACUUGAAUUGACAUUGAUAAUUUUGUUACGUGAUCUAUUUUGAUUACCUUACCCUUGCCCAGUCACCCGUAACUUCACUGAUUACAAUAUCGUACAAACGGAAAUCGU